CAAAACACACCAUUCCUUUAUAAAUAUCAUCCUCUAAAAUAAUAAUUCCCCAAUCAAAUUCAGCUCUUCUCCAAAGAGCUCAAUUUGAAGGAGGAGAAAUAAAAAAUAUAUAUAAAAAUGCAUGCACAUUUUCUCAUUAUUAUUCCCAUCGCCACUAUUCUCCUCCUCUUAACCUCCACUGGCUGCACCGCCGCAGCUCGGUCCAGGUCCGACAGAAUUCUACAAAAGCAAUUCCUUGGCCCUCACAAUGCUGCCCGAUAUGCCCUCCGAUUGUCCCCCUUAGUUUGGGACUCCAAAUUGGCUCGCUACGCUCAAUGGUACGCCAACAAGCGCCGGGGGGACUGCGCCCUCCGCCAUUCUGGGGGCCCUUAUGGCGAAAACAUCUUCUGGGGUAGCGGCAAUGAGUGGACUCCGGCUCAAGCCGUGGCCGAUUGGGUGUCGGAGCGAAAAUGGUACAGUUAUUGGGCAAAUUCUUGCGUUGAGGGUGAACUAUGUGGUCAUUAUACUCAAAUUGUGUGGCGGUCCACUCGGCGGAUUGGAUGUGCUAGAGUCACUUGUAACGACGGUAAAGGCGUUUUUAUCACUUGCAAUUAUGAUCCACCGGGUAAUUACAUUGGGAUGAGACCUUAUUAAAAUUAAUCUCUCUUUAAUAUCUCUCUCUCUAUAUAAGUAAAAAGACAUUAAUUAUUGUAUUUAUUUCUAAAGGGUUAAUUUGGAGUUUGUAUAUUAUAUAUUUUGUGGAGUGAAAUGGGAAAAAAAAAAAAGAGAAGAAAAUUGUUUGUAAAAGUUGUGUUGUUCAUGUCUUUGUCAUAUUUUCACAUGUAAUUGAUUGAUUUUAUGUGCUGUAUCCCCUAAUAUUUAUUAUUAGUUUUUUUUUUUUUUUUCUUUUUUGGUUCUGUCCCAUUCAAGGAGAGGUGUAUAUUUCCAUACCCCUCCAAAUAAAUUUUACAUUAUUAAAUAUAUACUCCUUUUUGUUUAUGGAUUAAAA